AUGACUGUCAUUCCCGAGUCCCCUGCCGGUGGUUUGGCUGCAAAGCAGCAAGGUAUCCCUCCGCAUGCGCAAAAGGCCACCUUUGCUGCCGGCUGUUUCUGGGGCGUUGAACACAUGUACCGUCGGCGGUUUGGCAACGGGAAGGGCCUCCUAGAUGCCUCUGUUGGCUACUGCGGCGGGAAUUCCAAGUUGCCAACCUACCGUCAACCCUUUUUUUUUUUUUUCGGGCUUUCAUCGGGAGAUCAUAUUGAUCACUGCCAUUGCGCCGUUGGUGUUCGGGAUAGGAUUGCUGACCUUUGCUCUCUUGCUUGCCUUGCCAUUGAAACAGAUGCCGAAGCCGUCCAGGUGAUAUAUGACCCGACAAUUGUCUCGUACCAGCAGCUUGUCGAAUUCUUCUACUCCAUGCAUGACCCAACCACCAAGAACAGACAGGGCGCUGAUACUGGCACCCAGUACCGAAGUGCCGUGUUUGCUCAUAACGAGGAACAGCUGAGGAUCGCAAGGAGCGUAACGGACCAGGUCUCUAGGCGGUGGUGGAAGGCCCCAGUCACCACCGAGCUCAAUCCCCCGGACCAGUGGCAGUGGUGGACUGCCGAAGCAUACCAUCAGCUAUACCUGGAGAAGAAUCCUACUGGAUACGUGUGCCCAGCCCAGUAA